AUGAAAAGCAUAGAAAUAGUUGAUAUCCGUCAUAGAAGUAUGCAACCGGGUGUCACCAAUGCCGAGGUUUCACUGUUACAAUUGAUUGAUGAAAUUUCCAACGGAACUGUGGCCAAAAUCAACGAUACUGGUACCGCGGUCACUUUCAAACCCGGCAUAUUGACUGGUGGUAAAGUGGAUUUUGACUGUAGCACCGAGAGGGGGAUUGGUUACUAUGUGGAGUUUCUUCUCUUGAUCAGCCCGUUUUGCCGACAACCACUGGAAAUUCGUUUGCGUGGAGUGACCAACAGUCUUACAGAUCCCUCAAUCGAAAUGAUUAAACAAGCUUGGCUACCGAUUUACCGUUGCCUCAUUGGUGCGAGUGCUGCUGCCAGCCUGAAACUGGAGAUUGUUAAACGUGGCGUGUCCCCGCUCGGUGGUGGAGAAGAUGUUCUACAGAAUGCUUUGUCCGGUCUAGCAAACGGUGGAGUCGAGCUUCACCCAGAGGACAGAGUUCUUGACUUGGACUAUGCCUAUUACAUCGCCUUGCUGGGUUACAACACACAGACGGUCCAACACGCUUUAACCCAUUUAUCGAUGGAGGUAUCCAAGUAUGGUAUGCGUCUGCACCAUCCAAGUGCAGUGUUUGUUCAAGAUUGA